UUGUACCAAUUAAUCUAAAAAUGAACUCUAAAAGAACAAAAACUCGGAACCAAGGAAAAUUUGCCUUGAAUCGUAGAAAAAUUAUCCUUUCAAGGACUUUAGAAAAGAGCAUUGAUAAAAUUCAGCCUAAAAAAUCCCCUUCUGAUUAUAAACUUCCUAAAUAAGAUCACUAUGCCACUAGAGAAGUUAAUAGAUCUCUCAAAGUCCUUUGACAGAAUUCCUCCAGCAAAGAAGACGAAAGUUGGAAACAGGAAGUUCAAAGUAUAUUCGCUCAGGUCUUGCUUCAGUGAAGAAGAGCGCAAAGAAACUAUUCAUAACAGCAAAACUCCUGCAAUAAAGAUGGUUGACAGGUCACAUUACAAGCUGACACCUUCGAACUAUCUAGAUAGCCAGAAACGGUUCCAGAAAAUGCUUAAAAAUAAGAUAAUAAACAGGUAUAAAGACUGCCAAGGGGCUGUUAAAAAGGAUAGGCGAGGGAAAAUUACCAAAAUCACGGCUAAAAUUUUACCAGAUAUUUAUACAUCACGGAUAUCAAUCUCGAAGUAUAAGUAUGACCCAAGUAAUUACCAAACCAAGCCAUAAAUUAUUCAAUCUUA